AAACGACCUCAUCAUGCUAUCUCUUCCUUGGACAUUCAAGUACAGAAACCUUGAAUUUCUUUCCUCGAUUCCUUCCCAGUUCCCAAGGAAUAGCAUAAUUUCUUUUUCAUGUCAAUUUUUUAUUCUGUUUUUGUUGUAUAACAAUUGUAUAUUAUUAGCAUCCUUUCAUUUUCAACAAUCAAUUCCUUUCUUCAUACAAUUCUAAAUUCCUUUCUUUUAUUUUCUACUUCAUUUUUCUCUUUAAUAUAAAAUAAGUAACCAACCUUUCUAUUUCUCUCCAACUAACUUAACAUCCACCACUUCCAAAUCCAAACCAAGUUCCAAAAUCCAACCUCACCAUGCUGAAGAAACUUGCAAGAAAAUUUAAAAGUCCACCAAGACAAAGACCAAGACCCCCUUCUCUACCUCCACCUCCACCUCCUCCUCCUCCUCCUCCUCCACCACCACCACCACCACCUCCUCCUCCUCCUCCACCACCACCACCACCUCCUUCACCGCCACCACCGCCACCAAAAUCUCCUCCUCCCCCUCCACCUCCUCCUCCUCCCAAACAACCAAAAACUCCUUUUCUCUUCCCUCAAGCCCACUCAACAGUUCUCCCUGACCCUUCCAACUUCUUCUCCCCAAACCUACUCUCAUCUCCCCUGCCUACAAACUCUUUCUUCCAAAACUAUGUCCUACAAAACUAUGUCCUAAACAAUGGAGACCAACCUGAAUACAUUCACCCUUACCUCAUCAAAUCGUCAAACUCCUCCCUCUCCCUUUGCUACCCUUCAUGCACCUCCAAUUCUUCCUUCAUAACCCAGCUCUUUAGCCCUGACAUCACCAUUUCUUCCUCUCAGAAUACCAACUCAGAUUCACACGGGAAACAUGUAAUCUCUUCCUUCAAUGAUCUCAGUGUCACUUUGGACAUUCCCUCUUCUAACCUGAGGUUCUUCCUUGUCAGAGGAAGCCCUUUUGUGACAGCAUCUGUGAAAACUCCCACACCACUUUCCAUCACCACCAUUCAUGCCAUUAUAUCAUUCUCAUCCAAUGACUCCCUCACUAAACACACCUUGCAGCUCAACAAUAACCAGACAUGGCUCAUAUACACAUCCUCCCCAAGUAGCUGGACUCAUAGCCUUUCUGAGAUUACUACCUCUGAUGGGUUUUCUGGCAUAAUCAGGAUAGUGGUGUUGCCUGAUUCUGAUCCCAAGUAUGAGGUAAUCCUCAACAGGUUCAGUUGUUGCUACCCUGUCUUUGGGGAAGCAGAGUUUACAAAGCCAUUCUGUGUGGAGUAUAAAUGGGAAAAGAAAGGGUGGGGAGACUUGUUAAUACUUGCUCACCCACUCCAUCUUCAACUUUUGUCUUCUAAUGAUUGUGAUGUAACUGUCCUGCAUGAUUUGAAGUACAGAAGCAUUGAUGGAGAGCUUGUUGGUGUUGUUGGAGACUCAUGGAUGUUGAAAACCAAUCCAGUUUCUGUUACUUGGCAUUCCAUCAGGGGCGUCAAUGAGGAAUUCCAUGAACAAAUUUUAACAGCACUUUCUGAUGAUGUGAAGGCUCUGGACCCCUUAGGAAUAACAACAACAUCAUGUUAUUUUUAUGGGAAGAUGAUAGCAAGGGCAGCAAGGUUGGCAUUGAUAGCUGAGGAGGUGUCCUUUCUUGAUGUGAUACCAGCAAUUAGGAAGUUCUUGAAGGAGACCAUUGAGCUAUGGUUGAAUGGAACUCUCAAUGGAAAUGGUUUUCUCUAUGAUGACAAAUGGGGUGGAAUUGUUACCCAACAAGGGUCUAAAGACUCGGGUGCAGAUUUUGGGUUUGGUAUUUACAAUGAUCAUCAUUAUCAUUUGGGGUACUUUGUCUAUGGAAUUGCAGUGCUUGCAAAGAUUGACCCAAUUUGGGGAAGAAAGUUUAAGCCUCAAGCCUAUUCACUCAUGGCAGAUUUUAUGACAUUGAAAAGAAGAUCAAACUCUAAUUACACUAGUCUAAGGUGUUUUGACCUCUAUAAAUUUCACUCUUGGGCUGGAGGGUUAACUGAGUUUGCAGAUGGAAGAAAUCAAGAGAGCACAAGUGAAGCCGUGAAUGCAUAUUAUUCAGCAGCAUUGAUGGGUCUUGCAUAUGGUGACACGCAACUUAUUGCCACUGGAUCAACACUUGCAGCAUUGGAGAUUCAUGCAGCUCAAAUGUGGUGGCAUGUGAAUGAGGGAGAUAAAUUGUAUGAUGAAGAUUUUACCAAAGAGAACAAGGUAGUUAGUGUAUUAUGGGCUAACAAGAGAGACAGUGGAUUGUGGUUUGCACCUGCUCAGUGGAGAGAGUGCAGGCUUGGGAUUCAUGUUCUGCCAUUGUCACCAAUUACUGAGGCCUUGUUCUCAGAUGUUGGUUAUAUGAAGCAGCUUGUGGAGUGGACAUUGCCAAAUUUGAAUAGGAAAGGUGUUGGAGAAGGUUGGAAAGGGUUUAUCUAUGCCAUGGAAGGGACUUAUGAUAAAGAAAGUGCAUUACAGAAAGUAAGAAGCUUGAAGGUUUUUGAUGAUGGCAACUCAAUGACUAAUAUGUUAUGGUGGAUUCACAGCAGAGGUGAUGAUGAGGAUCAAGGAUUUGGUCAUGAAAGACAAUGUUGGUUUGGCCAUUAUUGCCAUUAAGUACUGUUCUGGUAAUAUUGUUGAUAAGAGUCAUCGGAAAGAGUGUUAAAUGAAAUAUUUGUAUGAGUGUUAAGAAUAUUGUAUACUAAUCUGUAUAUAAUAUGAAAUGAAGUAUUGAGUGUUUAAUGUUUUGAUAUGAAUUAUUGAAUAUA